AGGAAGCCUCGUAGCCUCAGGAAACAACAGAAAAUAGACAAAGAUCUGCAUAAGCGGCCAGACAAUGAAUUAAGGUCGGGGAUACUUAGUAAAAUAUGCUACUGUUGAAGUCUUUUGAGUUUUCUCCUCAUUCAGGUCAGCUGCAGAAUCCAAAGUAGGGUUUGGUUUGGUGAAGGGGGAGCCAGGAGAGGCAGGCAGGGAGAGGGAAGAGCUGCUGAUGGGAAAAAAUGGCAUAUUUAGUCUAUCUCUUAUAACAGGCAUUAAAAUACCGUGAGAUACGUGUCAAAGAAUGAAAGAAAUAUUUGAAGUGUUUUGUUUUGGCUUUUUUUUUAAUGUCAUCAUCAGCUGCUGUGUAUUUUGUCCUUACAAAAAGUUCAUCCAAAGAUACACGUAUUAGGGCCACAAACAUGAAUAGAGUGUUUAACGCAGGUAGGUCACAAUUCAGAACUCAAUUCCCUGAGCAUUAAAACAAUACAAUAGUAAUAGUAACAGAAGGAGUGGAGCGAACUAGGAAUGAAAAAAGAUAAGAUUAAAAAAAUAUAGGUAAUAAUAUUUGCUGAUGGUGUAGUUAUUGUUAGUUGAUACAGCCUGAAGUUCUGUCAGUAAAAUCAAAAGAAAAAUCACAAAAAAAUCUGUAAGGAGUUGGUGAUGUUCUGCUAGUAAAUCACUACUGACUACAUAGAACUGAGAUAGUUCAGUAUUUAGGAAGGGACUUUGAAUUAUUUACAUUAGCUUUCAGAUCCUCAGGAUUUUCAAGAACAUGCCUUGAUAUCAAUUAGGUAACUGAGGAAAAUGUGGAGAAAACUGUUUUUACAAAAACCACCCACAGUGACAGAAGCCCAGCACACCCUGUAUCUUCAGGAAAGUGAGAGAUGGGUACAAAAAUAAAUACUUGCAUUCCCUUGUACCUUGUCUCAACACAGCAACUUCUUUUAAACCAGGCAGUUUUCUUCAGCACAAGUGGAGUGACAUAAAACCUCAUCUUUACAAUUUACAACUUUAAAUAGGGAAAAACACAACAGAUACCAAAUAGCGAAAAAGCAGUUAAUAAAUACAAGCUAUGGAGUAGUUCUUAUCACAGUUGUUCCAUGGAAGGAUAGUCCUAUUAAAAAAAUAACAUUGUGGGUGGCUUGUUUAUUAUUUGUAUUUUUAACCAGAGGAGUAAUGAGAAGUUCUGCUUAAUGUUAAAUGAAAAUGGUUCAAAAGACCAUGACACUGCAAAUAAAAGCAUAAAUCGCCUCAAAAUGUGUUGGAGAAAAACCUAUGCAUAUAUGCAUAUAAUAAUAACGCAUAAUAAUGCAUAUGGUUGAGAGCCACAGAUAUAUCUACAUGCUAAUUUUGCAGCUGUAUUUGGAUAUUGUAAGAUCUCUGCACCAGCAAACGGCCAAAAAGACGUAGCCAAAAAGAUGUGACAAAAACCCCUUGACUUUUAGUGGCGCUCAUUCUCACAGAUCUUGGGAGGACCCCAGAACGGGGUUUGGGGCUGUUCACAAUGCAGUGUCACGGCACAAAGCCCCAGAUCCUCCCGCAAUCUCCUCCCUCUCGUUUUCCCGGCGCAGGGUGGAGAGCAGGCUGCAGUCGCUGGAGGCUCGGUUCGCGCAGCUGGACUGCAGCCUGCAGGCGCUGGCGCACCAGUUCGACCUGCAGGCGGAGGGGCUGGCCCGGGACCUGCGGCGGGACGUGCCGGGGGCACCCGCGGCCAGGUGAGCACAGCCGGGCACCAAAGCCGGGCAUCAAACCCCGGCUCCGAGCCCGCCCGCCCGGCCCCGGGCACUGCCGGGCACGGGGCAGCCACGGCUUCCCGGGGCAGCCUGUGCCCGCGCCUCACACCCUCACAGGGAAGGAGCUAUUCCUUAGAUCCCGCCCAACGCUGCUCUCUGCCUGUGGGAAGCCAUUCCCGCCCGUCCUACCGCGGCAGCCGAGCCCGCCUUGCCCCUGAGGGCUAGCGGCCUCUGUCUCCCAGCAGGCUCGGCGGAGGAGGUGGAAGAGGAGCAGGAGGAGACACGAGAAGAGGAGGAGAAGAAGGAGGAGAAGGAAGGAAAAGAGGAGAAGGAGGAGAAAGAGGAGGAGGCGGAGCCCUCAGCCGGGCGGCGGGAACAUCCCCUCAGUGAGGGGCGGAGCGGAGCCGCCAUUGCAGGGACCGCGGCCUUUCCCGGGCUCCGGAGCGUAUUGCUGGGCCAAGUGGAAAAAUCGUGUGAGGAGACAGAUGACCCCCACAGUUUCAAGGCAUACAAGAAGGCCCUGAUGUUGCCCUAGUGUUGUUCCUCUACCUGAAGUCAGUAUGUCGAAGAAAUCCAAGGAGCCGCUUUCCUUGUCCGACUGCCUGUGCCAGAUUUGCAUGGAGAUCUUUAUAGAGCCUGUCACACUGCCGUGCAGCCAUACCCUGUGUAAUUCCUGCUUCCGGAUGACGGUGGAGAAGGCCAGCCUUAGUUGUCCCUUUUGUAGGCGCCGGGUCUCUUCCUGGGCGCGGUACAAUACCCGCAGGAAUACUCUGAUCAACUGGGAGCUCUGGGAGAAGAUUCAGAAGGAUUACCCGGAGGAGUGCGAGCGGAGGAUGAACGGACAGGAUUUGGAUGAGGAAAUCUGCGUCCCCAAGCCACAGCACCAGCUGAGCAAGCCUGGGGAGCUGAGGCAGGAAUAUGAAGCAGAGAUUAGUAAGGUGAAGGCAGAACGGCGAGCGCACGAGCAGGAGGAGAACAAAGCCAGCGAGGAGUACAUCCAGCGCCUGCUGGCCGAGGAGGAGGAGGAGCACAGGUUGGCAGAAGAGAGACGAAAGGAGAUGGAGAAGCAGCUGAAGCAGGAUGAAGAGCUGGCCUGGCAGCUCAGUAACAGCCUGAACGAGGAUCCCGAGGGACACGUGCCUGGCAGCCUGUCACCAGCACACAGCCUCUCCCUUCAGACAUCCCCACUGAACCUGGGCAAGGCAAAGAACAAGCCAAGCAACUCUGGAGACAUUCAGAAGUAUUUGUCUCCAAAGAAUUAUGGUGUGCUGGGAUCAGCAUCACUCUCCAGUACCACAGGAGGAGGCAGAAGCAACUCUAUCUCUGCGGAGACCAACAGCAAUGAAGGCAACAGUUCUGCGCUGCAGGAUGAGCAAGAGGAAAUGCCAACCCUAUCUCCACAGCUGACCAGUGUAAAUAAAGAUUCUGGUGCUAAGGAUUCCUUUUUGGAAUCGUGCAUGAACUAUUUCAGUGCCUCAGCUUCAGGUGAAACUGCCACUGUCAAGCAGGAAGAAACACCAGGACCAAAUGGUUUAGAAGAUGGAGUUCCAGAUGCACUUCAUGAAACCACAGAAGGGGAAGGGUCUAGGACAGUUCUUAGAUCCAGAGGAGAGGAUGAUGGAAUUGAGUCAGACAGUGGCAAUUUAACACAUGUCCAAAGGGUAAACCUUGAAAAGUCUGACGAGACCUGUACCUCUGCUCAGUUAGGGAUGAAUUGUGUGAUGUCUGACAGGCAGACUGCGUUGCAUGACCUGCAGGAGGAGUCUGGACACUCGGGUGAAGAGGCACCAGAGAGGCCACAGAACUCCAAGGAGACUCCCAAAAGGAAGUUACUGGAGGCCCCAGCUGAUGCCAUGAUUGACGUGUGCAUGCUGGAUAAGAGGAGAAGAACCUUUUCAGAAGGCACAGAAGACCAGGGAGAGCAGGUGAAUGACUUCAUCUUGCAGACACAAAGAGCCUUUGAGCAGGAGUUCUAUGAAAGGCGCAGGCAGGAGGAGCAGGACAGGCUUCUGGCUCUGCAGCUGCAAAAGGAGCUUGACAAGGAGGAAAGGAUUCUAAACCGACAGAAGGGCUCUCCAGACGAGUAUCUGCUCCGCACCAAACCACCCCGCUCUGUGAAGGACUCCUCUGCCAGGAAGGGAGGUUCCAAGGUGGCAAAAGACUCGAAGGGAUCAAAAACACAGGCUGAAACCAACCACCACAAGACUCGGAAAGGUUCCUGCAAUGAAAACUGGCAGUCCCCUGCCAGGGUCCGGGUGAAAUCCCCCAGCAUCAAGGAAGGAAAGGUUUUGAAUUGUGUGGUUAAUACCAGCGACAAAAAUGAUAUUUGUUCACUGCCUAAGAACAAGCAAAAGACAAUCCUGCAGAUGUUUAAAAGCCCUGUUGCAGAGUAGAUCAGAGCCGUGGACACGUGGUGGAGCGGGAAUGGGAACUGUGGUGAUGCUCUCCUGUGCUAGGCAAAGCUUCCCUGAGCAGUUUUGAGUGGUUGCUUUGGAGGGGAACCACUUUGGGCAGCGGUGCUGUGAGUUCUGACAAGUUUUGGUAACAUACACCUCCAGAAUGUACCAUUUUUAAUUUUUCUUGUCUUGAAUAUUAUUUUCUAGCACUUCUUGCAGGAAUCGGAGCAUUUCUUAUUUUCUAACUUGCACAUGGUUUGGAGUGUGAAUACUGGAGAACAAGGAUAACUAAUGAUCUGAUCUGAAAAUGAGAAUCGGAAGCCUUUAACGGAAAAGAUGCACAUUCCGUGGAGGAAACAAGUGAAAAAUGAGUCUGUCUUCCCAGCUGGCUGUCAGCUGCAAGGUUGAAGCUUCCCUCAGCACAGCCACUGUUCUGUAAACUGAAGCACCUUGCUGGAAUUCAGGCUGCUCCUGGAAUUGCACUGCUGGCACACCCAUUAACACAAGUGUAACCAGCCAGCCACUCUUUCCCUCUCGUAUGCUCACCCCUCCCUUGGACACAGAAAAGAGAAACAGGUCAUUGUCCACUGCCAAAGCCAAGGAUCGUUCGUGGAUGCCAAGGCUGUGGGCUCCCGUUCACUUCUGUCCACAGAGAUCCUUCCUGCAGAUCCCAUUGUCCUUGUGGUUAAGAACAAGAUACUUUUGUUUUCUUACUGUUAAAUGUUCUGCAACUUUAUUCUUGUACAAUAGUGUUACUAUGUUUAAUGCUGUUUAAUUUUCAGACUCAAACUGGUUUGAAUGUGAUUAAAACAAUAGUCCAGAAGCCAGGUAUGAUGGAGAAAGUCAAAAGGGAAAGAAGCAACUGAAAACUGAAGUUGCCAGUAAUGACAUAACUGUAAUUAGAGAUUCACAUAACUGCCCUGCCUGGCUGUAACUGUUUCCCUCUGCUUCUAGAGGCACUACUCAAUACCGUUCCUGUUGGGUUUAAAACUAAAAUAACUCAAAAAAAAUUGUAAUUUGAAUGUGGAGGUGCUGAGGCCUGUAGGAAAUUGAAGCUGGGGAAGAGGCAACCAGAUCCUACUAUGCAGAGGAAGUUUUCUUGGUAAUUGUUUUAUCUGUUGUCUUAUGAAGCCAUAUUUUGGCUUCUCUUUGCUUCUUUGGAGCUACUUUUGCACCGUCUGUGUUUGAAAUGGAGCCAAGUGCCAGCUGCAGUGCUGAAGGGUGUGUGCUAGUCAGCAAAUGUUUGAGUUUUGUCCUUUUUUUGAACCCCAUUGAUGACUUUAAUUCUGUUCUGGGGCAUUCCUAACAGACUUGUUUCUUCAGCAGCAUCUUCUGAUGGUUUAAGUUUUAAAGUACCAAAUUUUAUAGAAAGCAUGACCAGCACACUGAGCCGAAAAUAUUAAUAGUUGGGUUUUUUUUUUUCCUCAAGGCCUGCAUGUCUUUAUCAUUGGUGGGCUUCUCCUAAAUAAAUAAAUAAAUGUUCUGUUCAGAGAUGUUUUUUGAGAAAGUUACAACAGCUGACCAGUGGCAAAUCCUUUGAUUUUUCUCCUGCUGCCUCAGCCAUUGUUCUGGAAGCCUUCCUUUAAUAUGGAUCUGUUUUUCUUUAAUCCUUACCACAGUUGGGAUUAUUUUCUGUCUUACCCAUGAUGUCAAAAAACACUUAAUUAAAAGUUUUUUUAAGGCA